GGAAAGGCUGCCCUGCUGGGCUGAGAGACGCCACCAGCAGCUUCUGGGCCUGAGACACAGGCCUGUGAAGGGCAGACGGGACAGCCGUGUCUCUGCAAAGACCCCUCCUCCUGGAGGACCCUGAGCAGUACAUGGACCUUUCCAGCCCCAGGUGUAGCCGGUGGAAGGGCCUCAUGCUAGUGGCCAGCCUGCUGGCCAGUGGGAUCUGCCAGGCCUCUGGCCAAAUCUUUAUCACCCAACUCCUGGGGGUUGAGGGAUAUCGAAGUAUCCUGGCCCUAGAGAACGUCCCUGAGAAUGUCCAGGAGUACAGCUGGUACCGAGGUACACAGGACAGUGCAGGAAAUAUGAUUCUCAGCUACAAACCUUCCAACUCCUGGCAGCCUGGGCCCAUGCACAGUGGCCGGGAGAGUGUGACCAGAGCAGGUGACUUGGUGAUCAAGAAGUCUAUGCUAAAUGACACAGGAAACUACACUGUUUGGGUGGACACUGGCAACAAGACCCAAACAGCAACUGGCUGGCUCGAGAUUGUCGAGUUGGAAAGCAAUCCGGGCAUCUCAGUCAACGCCACCUCCCUAGUGGAGAACAUGGAUUCUGUGGCUGCCUACUGCCACACUAAUGUCACCAAGGUCACAUGGUUUGUGAAUUCUGUGCCCAUAUCCAGCAGUAACCGGAUGACAAUUUCCCCGGAUGGGAAGACCCUCAUCAUACACAGAGUCAGCCGCUAUGACAGGACUCUUCAGUGUGUGGUGGAAAGUUUCCCAGAGAUCUUUCAGAGAAGCGAGCAGAUCACCCUGACUGUGGCCUAUGGACCAGACUCCGUGGUACUGAGGGCCACACCUGAUAUCUUCAAGGGUAUCAUCACUGCUAAGAUCGGCUCCCGCGUAGAGAUGGAGUGUGUCUCCAUUUCCCUUCCACCUAGCUUGUACCGCUGGACCCACAAUGGCUCCCUCCUGAACUUCUCAGAGGCAAAGAUGACCCUCUUGAGUCUAGCCUGGGAACAGCUAGGCUGGUACCGAUGUAUCGUGGAGAACUCUGUGGCCCAGUUGACCUUUUACAGGAACGUCAGGAUCCAACUGCCUCCUGAGAAGCUCUUGCCUGUGGCUCGCAGUGGUUUUUACAUCUCGGAGUCCCUGGUGGUAUUCCUCAUUGUGGUGACUGUCCUGGGGAGUGUCUACCUCUGUGGAGUCCUGGUCUACGCUCUGGUCAGCUAUUACUCAACCAGGACAAGCCAGACUACAUGAGUAUCCACCUCAGACCUGGAGGGCAAGACCAGAUGGGCAAGGAGGUCCUGAGGCUUCAUCUUCUGGAAGUCGAGGGAUGCAUAAUGAAGCUCUUGUUCCUGCCCUGAGGAGGAGGUGGCCACAGCUGGGGAAGGCUGCUCUGGAGGGUUGUUGCACAUCUGGGAUUCAAUCACAAGGCCC